ACAGUGAUAGGAUUAGACUAGGGUUUGCAAUGGGGAAGACGAAGAAGGAACUGUUAGCAUCGGCGCCAUGGCGAACCGGCGGAGACGAUCAACGCGACAAAUUCAAAGACGCCAAGCUCAAAGUCACCGCUCAGCCAGGCACCACCCCUCAUAUGCACCUUCCCGCCAAGAGGAAGCCGAAAGACCCUGCCGCUGAAGAUGAUGAUUCUCUCACUAUUGAUCCUGAACUCCGCUACAGCUUCCAGCGCAACUUUCAGUUCCUGCAGCGGGUGUUCAGCAUUGAUACCAUCGUGAAACCACUACCUUAUUCAAUGCAAUACAAUGUGUCUCGCAACCUAAGCUUUUUCACUCGCAUCUUCACACAAUUUUAUGAUCCUCAAGGUAUUGCAAAUGCUCAGAAGGCUCUCGGAUUAGGACAAGAAGACAAAGUCCGUACCGUUCGCUGAUUAAGACGAGUGGUUUGUUUUUGGUCGUUUUUGUACUGAAAUGAAUGAUGUAUGAUCAUACUACAGUUUCACAUCUUGUUAUUACAGUAAAUGUCAAGUUCAUUAUGUUUUGAUCAUUA